AUGGAUGACGACUUGCAAUACCGUCAUCACUUGUUAAAUUUACGAGUUCGUAGUGUGGCACGUCGUUUAGCGAACGAUUUGCAUCGAGUACGAAAUGUUUUAAAUGAAAAUGAUUAUUUAGAUACGGUCAUUUUAGUGAUUGCUUGCAAUCGGUUUGAGGCGUUGAAAGAACAUCUUGAAUCAUUAAAAAAUUUGCAAGGACCCAAGAUUCCGAUUAUUGUUAGUCUUGAUUGCAAUGAUGAUGCAGUGCGUGAUAUUAUUCUUAAUGCUGGUCCAAAUAUUACUUUAAUUGAAAAUCCUAAUCAGUCUUUAUUCAACCUAACCAAACAGGAAAAAAAGUAUGAAGGUUAUUAUCGAAUUGCGAGACAUUACCAUUUCGCUCUGGAUUAUGUCUUCAGCAUUCUAGGAUAUCAAAGUGCUAUUAUAACCGAAGAUGACUUACUAUUAGCUCCGGAUUUUCUAGAAUAUAUGCUGGCAAAUAGGAAUUUGUUAUUCGAAGAUCCAACAAUUUGGUGUAUAUCAGCGUGGAACGAUAAUGGAAAGAAAGAACUCAUUGUGAAGAAUAACUCCCUGUUGCAUCGAACUGAUUUCUUUCCAGGUUUAGGCUGGAUGCUUACAUCACAGCUAUGGGAGGAAUUGAAAGUUAAGUGGCCCAAAACAUUUUGGGAUGACUGGAUGCGUGACCCAGCUCAACGUCAAGGACGGGCAUGUGUUAGACCGGAAAUAUCACGUACGGGUAUCAGUUUGAGAGGAAAAAAAGGUGUCAGCAAAGGCCUGUAUUACGAGAAGCAUCUGAAACAUAUCAUAGUUAACACAGAUUUUUAUCACUUUUCUCAGUCCGAUUUAUCUUAUUUAAAAAAAGACUAUUAUGAUCCUGCCUUCCGUAAAAUUGUUCUUGGAGCGGUUCCUGCUACUUUGGAUGAAAUUCUGAGAGGAAGAUUUUCAAAUGGUACUAUUUUACCAGAAAACGUACGCUUGUUUUAUGUGGCUUCAGUUGAUUUUAAAGCAUUCGCAAAGAGAUUUGGUGUAAUGGAUGAUUUUCGGUCAGGCAUAUGUCGCACUUGCUAUCAUGGAGUGGUCUCAUUUCGGUAUGGUCAACAUCGCGUUUUCUUGACUCCAAAGGAAAUUCAAGACAUAUGA